UUCUGCAGUUUAUUCAAAAACUUCUCUACCAGUUCUACUCACUAAUCAGCAUGGCGUUCCUAGUCUUGAUAUUUACUCUGUUUCUCAGCCUGGAAAUCUCCAGAGGCGCCAUCAAACCAAUGAUUUCUCUCUGGCCAAAUUGGCUCCCAGUAUAUAAUAGUGACCCUGUAACUCUGAUCUGUAAUGUGCCUCCAUCAGCACUGGGGAACCGAGGAUUUACAUGGUACAGAAACAAAAGAUACCUGAAAAAAAAACAUAAGCAGAAUCUCACUAUUCUAUCUGCUCAUGUGAGUGACCGUGGGAAUUACCAGUGCCAGACUGAUACGUCUGAUAAAAGUGACUCCCUGAGACUGGAUGUGAGUGCCGAUUGGCUUGUACUACAGGCUCCCCCUACUGUUCUGCAAGGGGACACCCUGAUCAUUAGAUGCCACAGCUGGAAUGGUUAUAAAGAGAACAGUGUAGCGUUUUACAAGGACGAUAUUAUCCUCCAUUUACCAGUCAAUAAAUCAGUUUUAAAUGCUGGAAAGGCAGAUAGAAAUAAGACUGGAAAUUACAAGUGUUCCAAAGAAUCUAAUCGUUCCCUUCUGAAAUACAGUAAAGAAGAGUUUGUUUAUAUUGAAGAACUGUUCAGUAGUCCGCAAAUAAAAGUGAGCUCAGAUCAGGUGACAGAAGGAGAUCACAUGACCAUAACAUGUGACACAAAGCUCAGCCCACACAGAGAGACUACAGAGCUACAGUUUGUUUUCUACAGAAAUGGGCACAAUGUGCAGGGAUUCAGUUUAUCCAACCAAUAUGGAGUCCCCUCAGCUCAGCUGGAGGAUUCUGGGAAUUAUACCUGUGAGGUACAAACUCCAACCGGCAGUGUGAGGAAGAUGAGCGUCAUGACACAUAUUCACAUAGAAGAUUUGAUCAGUACCCCACAAAUAACAGUGAUCCCAGAUCAGGUGACAGAAGGAGAUCACAUGAACAUAACAUGUGACACAAAGCUCAGCCCACACAGAGAGACUACAGAGCUACAGUUUGUUUUCUACAGAAAUGGGCACAAUGUGCAGGGAUUCAGUUUAUCCAACCAAUAUGGAGUCCCCUCAGCUGAGCUGGAGGAUUCUGGGAAUUAUACUUGUGAGGUACAAACUCCAACCGGCAGUGUGAGGAAGAGGAGCCUUGUGUUGCAUAUGGAUAUCCAAGGGGGAAGCUGGAGAUCUUUGGUGGCAGGAAUUGUUGGAACAUUGUUAAUUCUACUUAUAGUCGGUGCAAUCGUUAAGACUAGAACCAAACUUACAUCAUGUCUUAUCUGUCAACGGCAGCCAAUGAGCGAUAAGGACAUCGUUAGAACAAUUGGGAGUGAACCCAAACACGCCAGCGGAGAAAAAAGCAAUGUGAGCCUGACAAUGACACAAUCGAAUGAUUAUCGGAUGGACUGCAACAGUUCUGCCAGUGGUUUAGCAAUGUCACAUGAUGACAACUACGCCUGUAUUGAUAUGAAUCAUGUCCUGAAAGUGCUAUCCACUCCAGCAUCCAGCCUGGAACAUGAUAAAGUAUCAGUAAUGUAUGCAGUUCUAAAGGGAGACAACAGAAGUGAGGUCAUUGGCUCAUCCAACAUGGAGGAUACGCCCAACGCCACCAUAUAUCAGAACUUCAUGACCAGUCAGCUUCAAAUAAAGUGACGAUGCCCUGCAAUUGAUGGAGAUGUUUGAAAGAGCAGUUGAAGGAUCUUUUAGAAAACCAACUUUGAGGAUAUCAAUCCUGGUAGAAGUAGUUUAAUAAAAUAAAAACCCUUAAACAUUAUAUUACAUUGUAUGAUAACAAAAUUCCCCAUUCUACCCAGAAAUCAUAUCUUGUUUGUUUAACUGUAAAAAGUUGUGAUGAGGGAUGGACAUGACUGUACCAUUUAUAGUAAUAAUAACAUUGCUAAUGUCUGGAGAUAUUUUGCAACACUGCACAAUACAUUUUAUUUAAAAAAAUAAAAAAAUAAAAAAUAAAUAAAUAAAAAAAAAGAAUAAAAACUAAAUGUGGAAUU